CACGGGCUGUUGGUGUCGCCGCCGCCGCGAGGCCGAGCGCAGCCGGGCCCGAGGCAGGGGACCCCGCGAGAGGGCAGCGCGCCGGCCGCCGCCGCCCUGGCGCCGAGGGUCGCGCCGUCCCUUUGCCCAGAGGUGCCGGGAGAGUCAUGCCAGCGAGUCCCAGGCCCCUCCUGAUGUCCCGUGAGGCAUCCGUCACCCCGCUGCACUCAAGAGGCCCACAGGCCCCACCCCAGGGUCCUGGUCACAGAGCCGCCUCCUUCCGGCCAGUCCUGCCAUAGCCCCAGAGGGAGACCACGGCCAGGAGCCUCUCCCAGGACUCAGGACUGUGAGCACCAGGGGACUCUCUCCACUCCCCACCCCGUGCCCUCGCCUCCGUGUGGUCGGGAACCAGCAGCUCUCGGGAGAGGGGCCCGCCACCUCCGCCACUCUCGUGCCCACCCUGGGUGGGCGCGGCCCUGUCUGCCCCCAGCCUUCAUGCCCGCAGCCUCGGGCCCACGGUGCAGCCGUGUCCCGGGUGCCGUGGGGUCUUCCUGAACUCAUUCAGACCACCUCCUUCUGCAGCAGGUGCACUGCGGCUGCCUCCCCAGCCUCCCAGGCAGCCUGAAGAUGGCUGUGCUCCGGCAGCUAGGGCUCCUGCUCUGGAAGAACUACACAGUGCAGAAGCGCAAGGUCCUGGUGACCGUCCUGGAGCUCUUCCUGCCCUUGCUGUUCUCGGGGAUCCUGAUCUGGCUCCGCUUGAAGAUCCAGUCGGAAAACGUGCCCAAUGCCACCGUCUACCCCGGCCAGUCCAUCCGGGAGCUGCCCCUGUUCUUCAGCUUCCCCCCGCCGGGCGAUGCCUGGGAGCUCGCCUACGUCCCAUCCCAGAGCGACGCCGUCAAGACCAUCACGGAGAUGGUGCGAAGGGCGCUGGUCAUCAACAUGAGAGCUCGCGGCUUUCCCUCCGAGAAGGACUUUGAGGACUACAUCAGGUACGACAACCACUCCUCCAACGUGCUGGCCGCCGUGGUGUUCGAGCACACCUUCAACCACAGCGCGGAGCCCCUGCCGCUGGCGGUGAAGUACCACUUACGGUUCAGCUACACACGGAGGAACUACAUGUGGACAGAAACAGGCUCCUUUUUCCUGAAAGAGACAGAGGGGUGGCACACCACUUCACUCUUCCCACUUUUCCCAAACCCAGGACCAAGGGAAUCAGCGGCCCCCGACGGUGGAGAACCUGGGUACAUCCGCGAGGGCUUCCUGGCCGUGCAGCAUGCGGUGGACCGGGCCAUCAUGCAGUACCACGCCAACGCCUCCGCGCACCAGCUGCUCGAGAAGCUCACCGUGACCGCGAAGAGGUUCCCCUACCCGCCCUUCAUCUCGGACCCCUUCCUGGCGGCCGUCCAGUACCAGCUGCCGCUGCUGCUUGUGCUCAGCUUCACCUACACGUCGCUCACCGCCAUCCGGGCCGUCGUGCAGGAGAAGGAGACGAAGCUCAAGGAAUACAUGCGCAUGAUGGGGCUCAGCAGCUGGCUGCACUGGAGCGCCUGGUUCCUCCUGUUCUUCCUCUUCCUCCUCGUGGCCGUCUCCUUCGUGACUCUCCUCUUCUGUGUCCAGGUGAAGAAGGGCGUGGCGGUGCUCACCCACAGCGACCCCUCGCUGGUGCUGGUCUUCCUGCUGUGCUUUGCCACCUCCUCCAUCUCCUUCAGCUUCAUGGUCAGCACAUUCUUCAGCAAAGCCAACAUGGCAGCCGCCAUAGGGGGCUUCCUCUACUUCUUCACCUACAUCCCGUACUUCUUCGUUGCUCCCCGAUACAACUGGAUGACUCUCAGCCAAAAGCUGCUCUCCUGUCUCCUGUCCAACGUUGCCAUGGCAAUGGGAGCCCAGCUCAUAGGGAAAUUUGAAGCGAAAGGCGUGGGCGUCCAGUGGCGAGACCUCCUGAGUCCCGUCAAUGUGGAUGACAACUUCUCCUUCGGGCAAGUGCUGGGGAUGCUGCUGCUGGACUCCGUCCUCUAUGGCCUGGUGACCUGGUAUGUGGAGGCGGUGCUCCCAGGGGAGUUCGGCGUGCCCCAGCCCUGGUACUUCUUCGUCAUGCCCUCGUACUGGUGUGGGCACCCGCGAACGGUUUUGGGAAAAGAAGAGGAAGAUGAUGACCCAGAGAAGGUGCUCAGAACCGAGUACUUUGAGGCGGAGCCGGAGGACCUGGUAGCUGGGAUCAAGAUCAAGCAUGUGACCAAGGUGUUCAGAGUGGGGAACAAGGGCAAGGUGGCCGUCAGAGACUUGAACCUGAACCUGUAUGAGGGGCAGAUCACGGUGCUUCUGGGCCACAACGGCGCAGGGAAGACCACCACUCUCUCCAUGCUCACAGGUCUCUUUCCCCCGACCAGCGGACGGGCGUAUAUCAACGGGUAUGAGAUUUCACAGGACAUGGUCCAGAUCCGCAAGAGCCUGGGCCUGUGCCCGCAGCACGAUGUGCUGUUUGACAACCUGACGGUCGCAGAACACCUGCGCUUUUACGCACAGCUGAAGGGCUUGUCCCGUCGGAAGUGCCCCGAGGAAGUCCAGCGGAUGCUGCACGUGCUCGGCCUGGAGGACAAGCAGGACACCUUGAGCCGGUUCCUGAGCGGGGGCAUGAGGCGCAAGCUCUCCAUUGGGAUUGCCCUCAUAGCGGGCUCCAAGGUGCUGAUGCUGGACGAGCCCACCUCGGGCAUGGACGCCCUCUCCAGGAGGGCCAUCUGGGACCUUCUGCAGCAGCACAAGAGCGACCGCACCGUGCUGCUGACCACGCACUUCAUGGACGAGGCUGACCUGCUGGGGGACCGCGUGGCCAUCAUGGCCAAGGGGGAGCUACAGUGCUGCGGGUCCUCAAUGUUUCUCAAGCGGAAGUACGGUGCAGGCUACCACAUGACGCUGGUGAAGGAGCCUCACUGCGACCCCGAGGCCAUCUCCCGGCUGGUGCAGCACCACGUCCCUACUGCCACGCUGGAGAGCAGAGCUGGCGCAGAGCUGUCCUUCGUGCUCCCCAAGGAGAGCACACACAGGUUUGAAAGUCUGUUCUCGAAGCUGGAGAAGCAGCGGAAGGAGCUGGGAGUCGCCAGCUUUGGGGCCUCCGUCACCACCAUGGAAGAGGUCUUCCUUCGGGUCGGCAAGCUGGUGGACAGCAGCAUGGACAUCCAGGCCAUCCAGCUCCCUGCCUUGCAGUACCAGCAUGAGAGGCGGGCGAGUGACUGGGCCGUGGACAGCCACCUGUGUGGGGCCAUGGACCCAACCAAUGGCGUAGGCUCCCUGAUCGAGGACGAGUGCGCCACCGCCAAGCUCAACACUGGGCUCGCCCUCCACUGCCAGCAGUUCUGGGCCAUGUUCCUGAAGAAGGCCGCAUACAGCCUGCGCGAGUGGAAGAUGGUGGUGGCCCAGGUCCUGGUCCCGCUGACGUGCGUCACCCUGGCCCUCCUGGCCGUCAACUACUCCUCUGAGACCUUUGACGACCCCAAGCUGGAGCUGACCCUGGGUGCCUACGGCCGCACCGUCGUGCCCUUUGCUGUCCCAGGGGCCUCCCGGCUGGAUCAGCAGCUGGCCGAGCGUCUGAAGGGCAUGCUGCAGGCUUCGGGCCAGGAGCCGCGGGAGGUGCUGGGUGAUCUGGAGGAGUUCCUGAUUUUCAGGGCCUCAGUGGAGGGAGGCGGCUUCAACGAGCGGUGCCUGGUGGCAGUGUCCUUCAGAGACGUGGGCGAGCGGACGGUGGUCACGGCCCUGUUCAACAACCAGGCCUACCAUUCCCCCGCCACCGCGCUGGCCAUCGUGGACAACCUUCUGUUCAAGCAGCUGUGUGGCCCCUUGGCCUCCAUCGUGGUCUCCAACUACCCCCAGCCCCGGAACACCCUGCAGGCCGCCAAGGACCAGUUCAAUGAGGGCCGGAAGGGAUUCGACAUCGCCCUCAAUCUGCUGUUCGCCAUGGCGUUCCUGGCCAGCACGUUCUCCAUCCUGGCGGUCAGCGAGAGGGCCGUGCAGGCCAAGCACGUCCAGUUCGUGAGCGGAGUGCGUGUGGCCACUUUCUGGCUCUCCGCGCUGCUGUGGGACCUCAUGUCCUUCCUGGUUCCCAGUCUGCUGCUGCUGGUGGUGUUCAAAGCCUUUGAUGUGCACGCCUUCACGCGCGAUGGCCACAUGGCGGACGCCUUGCUGCUGCUCAUGCUAUACGGCUGGGCCAUCAUCCCCCUCAUGUACCUGAUGAACUUCUGCUUCUCGGGGCCCGCUGCAGCCUAUACCAGGCUCACCAUAUUCAACAUCCUGUCGGGCGUCGCCACCUUCCUCAUGGUCACCAUCAUGCGCAUCCCAGCGGUCAAGCUAGAAGAGCUUUCCAGAACCCUGGACCAUGUGUUCCUGGUACUGCCCAACCACUGUCUGGGGAUGGCGGUCAGCAGCUUCCACGAGAACUUCGAGACGAGGCGGUACUGCACGUCCUCCGAGGUCGCGGCCCACUACUGCAAGAAAUACAACAUCCAGUACCAGCAGAACUUCUACGCGUGGAGUGCCCCGGGGGUCGGCAGGUUCGUGACCUCCAUGGCAGCUUCUGGAUUUGCCUACCUCAGUCUGCUCUUCCUCAUCGAGACUGACACGCUGUGGAGGCUCAAGACCUGCCUGUGUGCCUUCCGGAGGAGGCGGGCGCUGAUGGAAGCUCGGACGUCAGCACCUCCUGAGGACCAGGACGUGGUGGAGGAAAGGAACCGGGUCCUGGCUCCCAGCAUGGACUCCUUGCUGGACACCCCGCUGGUUAUCAAAGAGCUGUCCAAGGUAUACGAGCAGCGGGCGCCCCUGCUUGCCGUGGACAAGAUCUCCCUCGCAGUCCAGAAAGGGGAGUGUUUCGGCUUGCUGGGUUUCAAUGGAGCUGGGAAAACCACGACUUUCAAAAUGCUGACAGGAGAGGAGACUAUCACAUCUGGGGAUGCCUUUGUUGGGGGCUAUAGCAUCAGCUCUGAAAUCGGGAAGGUGCGGCAGCGGAUCGGCUACUGCCCCCAAUUUGAUGCCCUGCUGGACCACAUGACAGGCCGGGAGACGCUGGUCAUGUAUGCCCGGCUCCGGGGCAUUCCCGAGCGCCACGUCGCCGCCUGCGUGGAGAACGCGCUCCGCGGCCUGCUUCUGGAGCCGCACGCCGACAAGCUGGUCAGGACGUACAGCGGCGGCAAUAAGCGGAAGCUGAGCACGGCCAUUGCCCUGCUUGGAGAGCCUUCGGUCAUCUUCCUGGACGAGCCAUCCACUGGCAUGGAUCCCGUGGCCCGGCGUCUGCUCUGGGACACCGUGGCCCGGGCCCGUGAGUCCGGCAAGGCCAUCGUCAUCACCUCCCACAGCAUGGAGGAAUGCGAGGCCUUGUGCACCCGGCUGGCCAUCAUGGUGCAGGGUCAGUUCAAGUGCCUGGGCAGCCCCCAGCACCUCAAGAGCAAGUUCGGCAGCGGCUAUUCCCUGCAGGCCAAGGUGCGGGGCGACGGGCAGCAGGAGGCGCUGGAGGAGUUCAAGGCGUUCGUGACCCUGACCUUCCCAGGCAGCGUCCUGGAAGACGAGCACCAAGGGAUGGUCCAUUACCACCUGCCCGGGGAUGACCUCAGCUGGGCCAAGGUGUUCGGUGUCCUGGAGAAGGCCAAAGAGAAGUACGCCGUGGACGACUACUCCGUGAGCCAGAUCUCCCUGGAGCAGGUCUUCCUGAGCUUUGCCUACCUGCAGCCGCCCGCCGAGGAUGAGGGGCCCUGAGGAGCCGCCAGGUGGGCGCGUGGCCGCACAGGCAGGCGUCCUCCCCCUCCAAGUUCAUCUUAUCCUGCACCUUUACUUCCAAUCACUGUUUCUAUAAUGGACGCGAGAAUCAAGGCACAGUGGGGACCAGGGUGUCGGAGCCCUCACGCUGGCAAUCAGCAUGCGGACAUCCGUGCCCAGGGCAGUCGCCAAAGCCCCUCUCUGGAGUGCGGGACCCAGCACGAGCAGCCCAGUAGCCCGUGUGGGCGAACCUCGGGGUUUCUGGGCAGAGCGCCACUCAGGGAGGGGCUGCAGCCGACCUGGGAGUUGCACGAGGCGAGCACUGGCGACACCCCUCACCUGCACACGCACGGAGCCUCCCGUGGGGCGAUACAGGGAGCCAGCAGGACGGUGGGCUGUGGGGCUCACCAGGUUGCCCAGAACAGAGAGCAGGUCGCCUGAGGCCACCCACGAGGGAGGUGCUGGCUGUGACUAGGCUCCGUGGCCUUGGCUUCCGGGGGCCUGGGAGUCGCUGCUCCACGAGCGUGCGCUCGAGGCGGGGUAGGGCUGACCCUGCACCUGGCACCAUCACAUCAGCGUCUUCCAGGGUUCAUGGGCUCGGAGAAAGAAGGCAGUCCUUCCUGCCCGAGACUAGCUUCUGGAGAAGCCACCAGCACGAGGCCAGUUGGGGACCACUGCGGGACUGAGGGACCAUCUAAGGAGAUGCACUUGACACAUGGUGACUCUGUCCAGAAAAUAAAGUCCGGGAGGGAACACAA